AUGGAGGAGCAACUCUUCAGUCCCAGCGCCGCUGCUCAGCUCUUUGAUCUCCCCCUUUCCUCGGGCGGUCUCAUCGGCUUCUCGCCAUCCAUCGAUACCGAGAGCUCCUUGCCUCUCACCUUUGGCGACUCUCUCGAGACGUCCGCCUUCAUGCUUGAGGUUCAGCGCAAGCGCGCCGACACCGUCACCACUCUCAAGCCCGACUUUGAUUUCAAGGACGACUUUGGUUGUGACACCACCACCUUCUUCAACGACAUUCCUCAACGUCCGCGUGCUGCUCAGCGCCUCUCCCUCACCCCUUCGAUCGGCAGUUCCGCCGCUUCCACCGCCUCUGAGUACGACGACAGCGGAUUUGACAGCGAAGCCGACCUCAGCUAUGCUGCCUCCCCCGCUGCUGACGAUGCUUGCGCCGCUCAAUGGACCGACUCGUCCUUCAAUCCUUUCGACGCCUCCGCUUCGAUUCAAUCCGCUUUCAACCGCAUCAACUUCCACUCGCCAAGCGGCGAAGCCAAGGAUGCCACCAUCCGGGCCAGCACCUUCAACCACCACGCCGAUUUCAGCUUCAACGAGUUCAUCGAGGACGCCGAACACGGCGCACAGAAGCUUGCCGCUUCUGCCAUUGUGGGUGCCAUCCCAACCGGCGAUGAUGUCAGCUGUGUCAUGAACUCGCAAGUGCCCAUCUCGCCCUUGAACCUCGGCGAAGCCCAAAGCCAGUGCGGUCACGGUCAUGUCCGGUACAGUGGAAGCGAAUCCAGCCUCGGCAUCUUUCAGGCUUCCGAUGUCGGCGCCGUCCACAUGCCGAUGCAGCCUUACCAUCUCAACUCGUACUACGGCAACGCUGGCCCUUGCCCCAUGGUCUUUUCCCAAAGCGCUCCCGAUGCGACAUGCUUCCACCCCCAUGGCUCGCCCUGCCCUUCUUCCCCCAGCAGCGCUCGCAGCUCGUCUCCCUUCCCUACUUUCGGCAUGGCUGGCGCCAUGCCCUCGGUGCUUGCGUCGCCUCCCUCCCGACAGGAUCAGAUCCAGGUCCAACACGUGCCUGCUCAGGCUCCCGGUCUUGCCAUGCUGCCUAAGGGCAUGAGCCUCUACAGCCACUUUGCCCACCUUGCCAACCCGUACGCCGGACUCAUCACCAAGCGCUCUCGCGGUCGCCGCGUGCCCAACAAGCCCGAGGAGAUGAACAACCUCGGCAAGAGCGGCAAGGUCUACACUUGCAAGGUGCCUGGCUGCGGCAAGUGCUUCAAGCGCAGCGAGCAUCUCAAGCGCCACGUCCGCUCCAUUCACACCGACGACAAGCCCUUCCUUUGCCCCUUCCCCUCGUGCAACAAGCGCUUCAGCCGACACGACAAUCUCAACCAACACGCUCGCGUACACACCUCGAUGGGCGGUGGUGUUGCGGGCUCCGCGGGCGAAGAGUACGAUGCUUCAUCUGUCCACCCCAUGUCGCAAAUCCACAUGGCUCUCGCUCAUCCCAUGGUGCUCACUGCGGCACCUCAAGGUGGUAUCUCGAUCGCAUCUGGCCCGACGCCCCAGAUCAAGCAAGAGAACUAA